AUGGGUCUUCACCUACCUGUUAUUGAGUCGACGAACUCUUGGUUUCCUGUCCAAGAGCUGAUAGCGCCCGCCAAGCCGGGUCGACCUAAUUCGGCAGCUAUAACCGGUCGCGACAACUUUUUCCAAACAUCCCAGUAUCAGAUGCGUCUUCCGCCGAUAGCCUACCACGUCUUCCGCCGACCCCUGCCAUACCAACCGACCUGGAAUCUCCAAGAAAAAAUACACCAGAUCCAGCUGCAGCAACGACGCGAAUCCAGUAACCACAAGGACCUGCUCCUUCUCCUCGAGCACCGGCCGGUAUACACAUCAGGGAGGCGUCAGACAGAGCCAUACAUUAAAGAUGAGCGCGAACGUCUGACCCAGAUUGGCGCAGACUUCGUGACUGCUACUCGUGGCGGUCAACUGACUUACCAUGGUCCGGGGCAAAUUGUCGGAUACCCUCUUCUCGACCUUUCUCGAUACAGUCCAGUCAUGGGCGCUCGCGACUACGUCUGCCGUAUGGAAAGGCUGCUUCAAAUCCACCUGAAAGAAGCUCACGCCGUCGACCACUGCCCUUCUGAGCACACGGGUGUCUUUCUCGAUCCUCGGACCAAAGUCGCCAGCAUUGGUGUCCAAGUCCGCCAUCGCCUAACGUCCCAUGGUUUUGCCAUCAACGUUACCCAGGAGCCUUGUCGUUGGUUUGAUAGGAUAGUCGCUUGCGGCUUGGACGACGUAAGGGCUGGGAGCAUCGAGGGGGCUUCAGGCAAAGCACUGACCGUCGAGGGAGAGAUGCCUGGCCUCAUCGAGCGUUUUGGCCGUCUUUACGAGAGAGACAUGGUGACAUUGGAUUUGACAGAAGAUUCACCCAUAAACCGUGCCAUACUGGUGCUGGAAGAAGAAGCAUCUGCCAUGGGGUCAUGGAAUCGCGCACCGCUGGAUUCCCAUUAG